GCAGAUUUUCGAUAGAUAUUACUCGAUUUCUUACUACUGUCAUCUCCGUUCCAAUUCGAUUUAUUGAUUCGGUGUGACGUUUAUUGUUUCGUGAAAAAGUUGAGUGUUCAGAAAAAGUAAAUUUUCUGUGCAUUAAAUUGAAUAAAAAUUGACGAUUAAUAGCAAAAAACGCCCAGAAAAUAUAUUUAUACUUAAUUCCUCUACAUCGGGAACAUCAGCACCCGCACACAAUUCUGUGUAUACAAUAAAGGAGGGGGCUGGCAACAGGGGGAAUAAAUUGAUAAGGUGCCGCAGCAGGAGGGGCGUCAAGGAAUACACACGAUAACAGAAUCAAAAGAAAGUCGUGCGCUACUUGCACAGUUUUCCAAUUACUAUUGUUGAAGAAUUUAGAGGAAGCAAUUGUUUUGGGCUGCCACCGAAUUUAAUAGCCCACGGUACCGUCGGCAGAGCAUCCAAUAUUUUGUAACCGGCGGUCUGAAUUUGUGUGUUCUCAUAUACCAGUUACGAUUUGCGCAUAGCACUUACGCCCCUCUUCGGCCAUUGAAUUCGAUUCGUAUUCGGCGAAAGUAGAAGGAAAGUAGCACAAAUACAAUAAAAAGAACAUCUAAGUGCUUUCGCAAUGAAUCCCGCAACUGAUCCGUGGGUUAUUACCCAAAGAGAAAAGCUGAAGUAUCAGGAACAAUUUAAAGCUCUACAGCCACAGGCUGGAUUUGUUACUGGGGCACAAGCAAAAGGUUUCUUUUUGCAAUCGCAAUUGCCUCCGCUUGUUCUGGGACAAAUAUGGGCAUUAGCGGACACCGAUUCUGAUGGAAAAAUGAAUAUCAAUGAGUUUAGCAUAGCGUGCAAAUUGAUUAAUUUGAAGCUGCGUGGCUUGGAAGUACCAAAAGUCUUACCGCCCACUUUACUUGCGUCUCUAACAGCCGUCGGCGGUACGCCAAUUAUGACACCUACGGGCACGGGCAGUUUGAGUCCGUUGGAUCCACUAAAAUCAAUGGCUACAGGUGUUAAACCACCUGCUGUUUCUGGUGUCGUUCCUAACAUUCCGAUAUCAGGAGCAACAUUGCCAGGGGCUGUACCUGCUGUACCAGGCAUUGUGCCAGGUACUCUACCUGGCGUGCUACCACAAGCUUUACCAGCUACAAUGACUGCAGGCGUACCUCCUGGUAUUCCUCCGACAGGUAUUCAAGCGGCUCCUAUUCCAGUUACAGCUGGAAUGGUUUUACCUGGCGGCGUAAUGCAGCCUGGCAUGAUGCCUGUAGGCGCAACUGGCGUGCCUGGAAUGACAGCCAUAGCUGGAGUAGGACCUAUCGGAGGCGUUGGAGUGCCUGGAAUGAUGCCAGGCAUGGUGCCCCCUGUUCCUGGUGGCGUACCCAUACCUGGUAUGGUACCAAUGCCAGUUGUUGCAACUAGCGGUGCAGUUCCGCCAAAUAUGAUCCCUGGUAUAACAGCUGUAUCAAGUGGUAUAUUACCGCCACCAAGCAAAGUUGUUUCACCACCGAAUAGUGGUGAGGUAGCCAAGGUCCCGGCGUUACCAACACCACCACAAAGCAACCCACCCAGUCGCCAUAUGUCAAUUUCAGAACGCGCACCAUCAAUUGAAUCGCCUCAGAGUGAGUGGGCUAUUAAGGGACCAGCCAAGCGAAAGUACACACAAGUCUUCAAUGCUACGGAUCGCACCCGUUCUGGCUAUUUGACUGGCGCGCAAGCACGCAGCAUUCUCGUACAAAGCAAGUUGCCUCAAGCUACACUGGCACAGAUUUGGACACUUUCUGACUUGGACUCGGAUGGGCGUCUAAGUUGUGAUGAGUUUAUUUUGGCUAUGUUCCUUUGCGAUAAGGCCAUGAAUGGGGAAAAGGUACCCGUUACCUUGCCACUCGACUGGAUACCACCUAGUUUUCGGAAGAGUAAAUCACGUCAAGGAUCUGUAUCAGGAGCGGGCUCACGUCCCGGAUCUACAACAACAUCGCGACAUGCUUCUGUGUCGUCACAAGGAGCUGUGGACGCUGAUCCGGCAGCAGGCCUUCCGCAAACAACGUUUGAAGACAAACGUAAAGAGAACUUUGACAAAGGCCAAGCGGAGUUGGAUCGCAGGCGUAAAUUACUUCAAGAUCAACAACGCAAAGAGAAAGAGGAACGUGAACGUAAAGAACGUGAGGAGGCAGAGAAGCGUGAGAAAGCACGGCUUGAAGCCGAAAGAAAGCAACAAGAAGAGCUAGAGAGGCAGCUACAGAAGCAACGCGAACAGGAAAUGGAAAAAGAAGAACAACGAAAACGAGAGUUAGAAGCUAAAGAGGCAGCCAGAAAGGAGUUAGAAAAGCAGCGCCAAAUGGAGUGGGAGCAAGCACGCAUAGCCGAGAUGAAUGCUCAAAAGCAACGCGAACAGGAACGUGUACUAAAGCAGAAAGCGCACAAUACACAACUCAAUGUAGAGUUGAGCACUCUUAAUGAAAAGAUCAAAGAUUUGUCCCAAAAGAUUUGCGAUACACGUGCUGGUGUAACAAAUGUUAAAACUAUAAUUGAUGGCAUGCGCUCACAAAGGGAUACUUCAAUGUCUGAAAUGGCACAGCUUAAGGCGCGUAUCAAGGAGCAAAAUGCGAAGUUAUUGCAACUUACACAAGAGCGAGGUAAAUGGGAUGCGAAGAGUAAGAGCACAGCUUUGGGUGGCGGCACUGAUGCAGCUCAACAAGAGCAAUUGACUGCUGCUUUUGCCAAUAAACAAUUGGUAAUAAAGCAGGUUAGAGACAAAGUCGAAAACAUCCGUAAAGAAAUCGAAUCCAAAAAAGAAGAUAUCAAUUCAAACGAUCUACAAGUUGCCGAAGUCAAAGGCGAACUAUCGGCGCUGAUAACGAAAUGUGAAGAACUCUAUACUGACUACGAUACGCAACGCACACAAGUGCUUGAAUUGAAAUACAACAAAAAGAAUGACAACGUAUCGGCAGCGACUUCCGCCUGGGAUACAGGCUCCACUGCCUGGGGCACCAGUGUUGAUCAAUAUGCUCUCUCUAAUGAUACAAGUGCAAUGGCAGAUACAACAGCAACUACGGCUGCACCUGUUGACAUGUCCGGUCCAGCACCUGAAGGGUUUGUCAAAUAUCGUGCUGUGUACGAGUUUACAGCACGAAAUCAAGAUGAGAUUACAUUCGUGCCUGGUGAUAUUAUUCUGGUACCACUGGAACAAAAUGCUGAGCCGGGUUGGUUGGCGGGCGAAAUAAAUGGACACACUGGCUGGUUCCCAGAAACUUAUGUGGAGAAAAUCGAAGAUGAAUAUGCAUCUGUUACAACGUCGCCAGCCAUUGCGGCGGGAGCGGAAACUGAUGCGCAAAUAAGCGGUUAUGCGGCACAAGACGCCUUCAAUGAAAAUAGUCAGAGCCUCGCAGCCGAUGCACACAACGGUGAAGUGGAAUAUUAUAUCGCUGCGUAUCCCUACGAAUCUGCUGAAGUAGGUGAUUUAAGCUUCAAUGCUGGUGAAAUGGUUAUGGUAAUUAAGAAAGAAGGCGAUUGGUGGACAGGAACAAUUGGAACACGAACCGGUAUGUUCCCGUCCAACUAUGUGCAGAAGGCGGAUGUAGGCGCAGCAGUGGCUGAGGCAGCAGCUGACAUCGCCAGCGACUUUGAUGAUCAGAAGGGAAAUGGCAACGUUGAUAUAGCCGCCGCUAGUAGCGUCAUAACAGCCACUUCACCACACGAUCAAAUGACAAGCCAUGACACAACUGCGACAACAGCAAUACAUCAACAACUACAACAAAAAAUUAGUAGCGAUUUUAGUGCAGAAGCGGCUAUUGAUCAUAGUACUGCAGCAGCUGCAUCUGCCGAGGAAACGCGUACAAAUGAAGACUUGGACACGGAAGUUUCACAAAUCAAUACACAAUCAAAGAAUCAAAAUGAAUCGGCGGAAUCGUAUAGUCGCCCAAUGUCACGCACCUCUUCCAUGACGCCUGGUAUGCGCGCCAAACGUUCAGAAAUUGCACAAGUAAUAGCGCCAUAUGAAGCCACCAGUCCUGAACAGCUUUCACUGACCCGUGGCCAAUUGAUAAUGAUACGAAAGAAGACCGAUUCUGGUUGGUGGGAGGGUGAACUGCAAGCUAAAGGCCGUCGUCGCCAAAUCGGUUGGUUCCCAGCCACAUAUGUGAAGGUUUUGCAAGGCGGACGCAAUAGUGGGCGCAAUACACCCGUCUCGGGCAGUCGCAUCGAAAUGACGGAACAAAUUUUAGACAAAGUCAUUGCUUUGUAUCCGUAUAAAGCACAAAACGAUGAUGAACUCUCUUUUGAAAAAGAUGACAUUAUUAGCGUACUGGGACGUGAUGAACCCGAAUGGUGGCGAGGCGAACUAAAUGGCUUAUCCGGUUUAUUCCCUAGCAAUUAUGUUGGUCCAUUUGUGACAUCCGGCAACGUAUAACGAGUCAUAGGCGUUGGCAUGUAAACUUAAGCAAAUAAAGGUCUCAAAACACAACGCUGAAAAAUGUCGUAGUACCAAUACUUAUGAAACUACAUUCAUACAUAUAAGAAGCAAAAUGAAAAAAAAAAAUUACAUAAAAGUUUAAAUGAAUUUUUGGAAUUUAACUAAAACAAAAUUACUGUGGUUAAAGUCAAGUUUGAAGGCAGAACAAGAAAAGUAUAAAAUAGCAAAAAACGGCAAUGUGUAAAGGAACUGUAAAACGAAAAGUAUUAAUUAAAAACAAAAAUGUAUAAAUGUAUUUAAAGGAAAGGAUUAAGCUAUUAAAUCUGUACUAGUAUCAUUGAUUGUAGCAUAAUUUACUUGUUAAUUGUUUGCUUAGGAGUUGACCUUAGAAAAGUGUGCAAGCGUUGGCACCAAUAUUAUUGCCUCUUAUUCGCCUACGUGAAUUUGUUUAGGAAAAUACAUAUUUUUUUUUUUAAAUAUUCAUACACAUUCAGCAUUAAGAAUUUGUUUAAUUCGAUAAAUCUACAAACAUCCUUGUCAAGAGUUCAAUGUUUUACACAUAGAAAUGGUUUGCGAAGCGUCAUUUGCAUGUACAUAUGUAUACUAGGGUGGUCUAAAAUAAGUAAAGUCGGAAUUUUAAUGCU